AUGCCGCCGCAUCUACACCCCCGCUCGCGGUCAACGAGCACCCUCUUCGCAGGCACCCUCCUCGCGUCCCUCGUGGUGGUCGGCAUGCCGCACCUCUUCCCCUGCCCAGCGCCGCGACGCACCCUGGCCGAUUCAGAGAUGAUGAUCACAGCCGAUGGGCAGCAAGUCCCUCGCAUCCGGCGGCGGCGGCGGAAAGACGCCGAGCUAGACCCGGAAACCGCCCGCCCCGGCUUCCCAACACAAUCCGGCGCCGUGGACGAGGAGGUGUCGGCGUUCUUCCAGAUGGAGGAGGAAGCUGAGAAGCUGGCCCAUGUUGGGCACGAGUGCCCUGUGCCAAAGCCCAAAGGUGUUCUCGGCGAGCUGCUAGGAUUCCGCAAUGCGCGUGGAAGCGAGCAACACCAGACGCAGACGGGCGGAUCGGCCGAUGGAGGUCGGUAG